AUAGAUAAUUGUGAGGUAAACUCCUGAGUACUCAAGAUGGCAUCUAAUUCAGCAAUCCUGUGUUUCUUCAUUUGUAUAAGUUCAAUGUAUUGCUUGGCCAAUGCGUAUAUCAUCAUAGAAUCAAAAAAUUCAGGAUUAGUCUUAGAUGGAAAUGAAUACAAUGUCAGAGCAAUGCCGGCAGAUGGUUCGAUAGGUCAAAAGUGGACACUGACACCAUCUGACACUGGACGGUUUGUAAUAACUAAUGCCAGAAAUGGACAUGCUCUGGAUGUUCAAGAUGGCUGCGAAAAAGGAAAUAAUUUGAUUGUUUAUCAGAAACAUUCUGGUACGAAUCAGCUUUUUUAUAUAAAUAGCGAUGGAACUAUAGGUUCAGCCUGUAAUACUGAUUUAAUUGUGGAAAUGAAAGAUUCUAAUGGUCAGCUGGGUGAUAUACAAAAUUCUUGCAGCAGCGGGGAUGUUAUUUUCGAAAUUCAGGCCGCCCAGUAAAAUUAUGUCAAAUUUCAUAUGAAUGUACGAUAAACUGAUAUGUAAUGAAGCAAUACCACUCAAUCUUCAUUCGCAAAUGUUGUACUUAUCCAUGUUUCUGUGAAAUAAAUAAAUAACAAGGUGUGUU